CAUCAUCUCACGUGUCCUUCUUGCGUUUCCUUGCUCACCAAGAGUCUGAGUCUGAUUGGCGCAGAGCAGACGACGCGUUUCCAGGAAAAGUAAACACCACCUAAAUAUCUAGAUGGUCGUCUAUGCCAUUAUUUAAUAUAGCCCUCCUCCAGGGUCCUCGUAUCCUCUAGGUUAGAAUUCGACUUCGAAUUAGAUUUUUGUAGAUAUUUCUUUUGCUUAUGGAAUUGGAAGGAGAUGUUGGAUUUCUGGACAGUGAGAAUGACAUAAUCGGAGAAAUCGAUUGGGAUUUUUUGUUCGACGGCUCAAAUACCUUGGAGGAUGUGUUGGAGUUGGAAAAUCCAGUCGUCACGGCGACUGGUUCAUCAUCACCAUCACCAUCAUCAACGGUGGAGGAUGCUCCCUCCAACUCAUCCCCGGAUUGGAUCGGCGAGAUCGAGACCAUUCUGAUGAAAGACGACGAUGUCAACGGCAACCUGGUUGUUCCGGAUUCGGUGGAGCCCACUAAUGCUGAAUAUUAUGAGAAGUUUUUGGCGGAUAUACUCGUCUACUCGCCUUCCACCGAUGCCGGUUCCAACGCCUCCGCCGACUCCGAGAAGGAGAAACUCGACCGAUCCCCGCUCAACGAUGACGAUGACGAUGACGCUGCCGACGCCGGCGAUCCUAUCUCCAAGAAAAGGAGAAGGCAGCUGAGAAACAAGGAUGCAGCGGUGAGAUCAAGGGAGAGGAAAAAAAUGUAUGUGAGGGAUCUGGAGAUGAAGAGCAAGUACUUGGAAGGCGAAUGCAGGAGACUGGGGCGUUUGCUCCAGUGCUGCUACGCUGAGAAUCACACUUUGCGCCUCGGUUUGCAGAUGAAAAAUGCUUAUGGGCAUGGACAUGGUGUUUUGGCCACCAAGCAGGAGUCUGCUGUGCUCUUGUUGGAACUCCUGCUGUUGGGUUCCCUGCUUCGGUGCCUGGACAUCAUGUGCCUCGUUGCUCUGCCUCUAAUUCUGAUGGCCGGACUAAGAAAUCCACUGAACAACGUGGCGGCAAACAAAGAUCUAGAAAAUGUGGAUCUAAGGCCAAGAGGGGCAGCAAGUAAGAUGUUUCAACAUUCGGUGCUCCUAUGUUUUUCUAAAAGUAGGAGAUGCAAAGCGUCGAGGACAAAGAUGAAACAUAGUCGAUUUCCUUGUUUAUUGGGUUCUUAUGUGAGCUUUGCUCUCCCGCUUCUAAUGUUAGCAACUUAAGGUUGGUAGGUUGGAUUACUUAUCUAUUUUUUGUUUUCCCUUUUGUCUAUGAAUAAUGGUUUUACACUAUGAUAUGGAAAUCCUCCAACUAUGUUUUUUGUAUUUCUUCUUGAUUGAUUUACAAUGUGCUCAUUAUCUACAAGUUGUUGCUUUACAUGUUAUGCAAAUUCAGAUGCAAAUGCCCAUAGGAAUCAUCAGACAACUAUUUGGUGGGGGUUUGUAACUGAUUUCUUUAUCUA